ACGUGGAAAAACGCGAUUUGCCCAAGUUUAACCGGCCUACGGGCCUUUCGUUCACCCGGCCAUGUAACCGAUCUUGUGAAAGUGAUGGCGACUGCUGCCUUUCGGAUACAUGCUCUCCCGAUAAAAGAUGUCAAGGGUUUUAUUAUGAGAAGUUCCCUAACGGAUAUCCUGUAAAACAACAUAGUGUGAAUUUCUCUGAUCCUACCGAAGUGGAGAAGUGGAGAAGUGGUCAAAAAUAUCAAUGGUAGACAGAGCCACGCCCCAAGGGCCAGAUCAUUCCCCUACAUCUCCGGUGAAAAAGCGCGAUGAUCUCAAACUUGUUGAACCACGGAUGGAUCCUUCAAUUGUUACAUUCAGUCAAGGAUGUAAUCGAUCCUGUGAAGUUGAUGGUGGCUGCUGCCGUUCGGAUACAUGCUCUCCCGAUAAACGAUGUCAAGGGCUUUUUAUUGAGCAGUUCCCUAGAGGAUUUCCCCUAGGACAAGCGAUAAAUGAGUCUGAUCCUACAGACGUGGAGAAAUGGUCUAGACUGUCCACAGAACGGACGUCUCCAUUCAUAGUUUACCCUUCUACCCCUUCGAAGAAACGCGAUGAUCGCCAGCCUUAUGAAGGACCUCGAAGGCUUCCCGACCCUACAAUGAUUUGGUUCAGCCGACCAUGUAGUCGAUCCUGCGAAGCUGAUUUCUACUGCUGCCUUUCGGAUACAUGCUCUCCCGAUAAAAAAUGUCAAGGAUUUUUUUCUGAGAAGUUCCCUAAAGGAACUCCCAUAGUACAUGGGAUAGAUUAUUCUAAUACUACAGAAGUGGAAAAAUGGGCCAAGUUGUCAUCAGAACGGGAGAAUCUAGAGUUCCCUAUCCCUUCUCCAGCUCCGCAAAAACGGGACGACGUUAAGCCUAUAGCUACAGCUCCAGAGGCGGCGGUGCCUCAGUCGGCAAUGUUCAGUCUAUCCUGUAAACGGUCUUGUCAACGGGAUAUCGAGUGCUGCAGUUCAGACAGAUGCUCUAAUAACAGAUGUGAAGGAUUUUUCCAGGAAAAAUUUCCGCAAGGGUACCCCCUACGGUCGGAGAUAGAUUGGUCUAGUAGCACCGAAGUAGCGGCCUGGGCAGAGAUUGCAAUGCAGCAAACGAAGCAGGAUCUGCUACCAGAAGAUUCUUCUACACCAGAAAAACGCGACGACGUCAAUCUUCCUCAACUGAUGGAUGACGCUGGUAUAAUUUCGUUCAGCCACGAAUGUAGUCGAUCCUGUGAAGGUGAUGUCCACUGCUGCCUUUCGGAUACAUGCUCCCCCGAUAAAAAAUGUCAAGGGUUCUUUUCUGAGAAGUUCCCUCGAGGAUAUCCCACACAAGAGUUAAAUUGGUCUGAUACUACAGAAGUGGAGAAAUGGUCGAAGUUAUCAACGGAACGGAAGACACAAUGGCUAUAUAAGAGCGAUUUGAUCUGAUGACUGUAUAGUGUACCCUGCUUCUGGUGCAUGGACAAUUCGGUGGCCACAUGGCGAUGUUGGAAGGUAUACCCGCUGCC